AUGACCGGCAAAACAAAGUCCAACACCAUGCUCGCCGCCGUGCUCACGAACCCGGGCGAAAACUUCAGCCUCCAGAUCGUCGAAAAGCCGAAACCCUCGCCGGCCGACGACGAGAUCCUCGUCCGGCUCAACGUCACGGGGCUCUGCCACUCGGACCUGCACCUGAUGCUGGCGGACUGGUCCGACUUCCGCACAACCAGCCAGACGGUCGGGCACGAGGGCGCCGGCGUGGUGGAGGAGGUGGGCGCCAAGGUGACGGGGUGGAAGGUCGGCGACCGGGCCGGCGUCAAGCCCAUCUCGCACGUGUGCCACGCCUGCACGGCCUGCAUGGACGGCAAGGAGAUGUUCUGCCCCGCGGCCAGGUUCACGGGCAUCAACAUGGACGGCACCUACCAGCAGUACAUCGCCGUGCCGGCGGCGUACGCCUCGCGCAUCCCCGACGGCGUCGACGACUUCGACGCCGCGCCCAUCAUGUGCUCCGGCACGACGGCGUAUCAUUCCCUGCGGGCGAGCGGGCUCGUCGUCGGCCAGUGGGCCGUCUUCCCGGGCGCCGGCGGCGGCGUCGGCCACAUGGCGUUGCAGAUGGCGAGGGCCAUGGGCCUGCGGUGCGUGGCAAUCGAUGGCGGGGAGGACAAGAGGGGAUUGUGCUUGGGGCUCGGGGCGGAGGAGUACGUCGAUUUCACAAAGGACGACGUGGUCGCCCGCGUCAAGGACAUCACGGGUGGAGGUGCACACGGCGUGAUAGUGACGGCGUCCCACCCGAGCAGCUACACGCAGGCGAUGGAGCUGGUCCGCGUGGGCGGGAUAGUCAUGUGUCUGUCGAUGCCGACUUCUGGCAAGGUCAUUGCCGGCGCGGACCCAACCACCAUGUGCGGGAUGGGCUUGACGGUCAAGGGGACCAUGGUCGGGACCUUGGGGGAUUGUGCGGGAGCGCUUGACCUUGCCGCACGCGGACUGCUUCGUCCGAGGGUGACCAAGUUCAAGAUGAGCGAGAUCCCGCAGGCGGUGGAUAUGCUCCGGCGUGGUGAAAUUGCGGGUAGGGCCGUGGUCGACCUUUGGGCGUAG